CGCGCGCGCGACCGAGCGCAUCGAUGUUCUCGUCGUUCAGCAUCACCGGUGCGGCGGCGGAGGUGUACGACGUCGAACUCGCGUACGAAGACGCGCGUCGCGGGCGACGCGACGGCGAAAAGGCGUCGACGACGACGACGACGACCGAGGUGACGUUCGACUCCAAGGAGGAUCCCGAGGAGGUGAUUGAUAAACUCGUGAAACAGCGACGAGAUCUGCCGUACGAGACGGGAUACGAAUGCGUCGUCAUCCGAGCGCUUUGCUCGGCGUCGAAAGUCGCGAUACAGCUCGGGGUGGAGAAGUAUCAACCGAGACCGGUGGCGUUGAAGGUGACUUCGAAUGGAAAGAUGAACGCGGGACAGUCGCACUCGAGCUUGGCGUCGGUGCUCAAGCACUGUCAGCUCGGCUCGCUGCGGAAGCUGAGCGUGCAAGAUGGAUUGUUGUCCACGGUUUUGUCUUUACGAGAUAAAUGGACCUCGGUUCGAGAGUUGGACAUUUCGAACAACGCGUUGGAAACGCUGCCGAAAGAGCUGUUCGCGCGUUUCCCGUACCUGGAGGUUCUUCGUUUGGACGGGAAUAAACUCGCGACUUUGCCCAACUUGAACGCGUUCACGCUUCUCAAAGAGUUGCAUGCGAACGGCAACGCGUUGUCAACGCUGCCAAUCGACAUGGUGGAAGAUUUGGAUUUGGAAGUUUUGUCCGUCGAGUUCAACCGCUUGAGCAAGCUGCACGUCAAGUUGAAGGAUUUGUCCAAACUGCGCGUGUUGCGGUUACUUGAGAAUCCCAUAGAGACGCUGCCCCGGUUGAAUAAGACCGCCAAUCAAGAGUGCUUAUCGCUCGCAAACGUGAAUGUUUCGAGGAAUGGAGCAACAGGCGGUGUCUCCGUACAGGUUCGCGAAACGAGCUCGUCUUACUUUUCCAGCAUAGUAGGCGGCAAGACAACGUCCAAGGAAAAAGCGUACAACGCUUUCCUGAGCUUGAUCUUUCGUAGCAGUGAAUGUCAAAACGCAUUACUCGUCGCCGCCGUCGCGGUGAUCGCGUCGAAGAGCCGAGAAAACUGCGAAGCCAUAGUGCUGACCGAAGGUGCGAGCGUUCGACCGCUUCUUCACUCUGGGGAAAAUUUACAUGUGAAACUGACCGUACGUCCGUCCGCACCACAGGAGCCGUGA